UUAUGGAUUAAAUACCUGGCGCGGUCUAUUCGUGGGAAAGUAGACAAGCGUUCAUUAUUUACUACGCGUGACACUAUCUGACCUAGAUACAGAAUGGAUGAGUUUGAAUGUUCCAUUUGCUGCGACACACUCGAUGAUCCACGCCUGCUUCCCUGUGGACACAUGUUUUGCGGUCCAGGAAGGGGAUGCAUUUUAGCGAUGAACAAAAACAAUGUAUCAGUUGACUGUCCAAAUUGUAGAAAGACGCAUUAUAUCAAUGUGAAAGAACUAGGGCCGAUCUAUGUUCUUAACAACUUUCUAGUAGGUCAGAAAAAAAUUGCGGAUGUAGAAGACAAACAAAAGCGGAGUCUGAGCUCUGGUUCAAAGUCUUGCGACAAACAUAGCGACAACUUCCUGUCCUAUUUCUGUGAUACCUGUGAUAUCAGUAUCUGCGAAGUGUGCUGGGGGAACGAACACAGUGAGCAUAAAGUGGGGCUCCUGAAAGUUAAGCAAAAGAAAGAUGUAAUGGGUGCUAUAGAACGCGCGAACCUCGAGUCAACCAUAUCUGUGUAUGAGAAAGUGAUUGGGGAUAAUCGGAACAGAAGGCAAAUGAUGCUUGAAGUUCUGACUGAAAUUGACGUAGUGAACCAACUGCUCGGCGCUAGGACUAAAAGUUUACUCGAAUUGAAUGAACUUUGUAAAGAGUACGUUGGACUAGAUUCAAAUUCGGCGAAAUUGGCAGAUUUAGGAGAACAAUUGCUGGAAGAUUUGAAGAUUCAUCAGAGAAACAACAAAGAUGAUGAAAUCAAGAAGAAUAUCAACCAAAUAUCGAAGGAAAGCCAAAAGAAGUUCAAAACCUUUGUGAACCUCUGUGGUCAAAAUGAGAAGACUCUGAAUGAGAUGAAGCAGUCGAAUAAACAAGCUGGGUUGAAAAUUCAAAAGCCUGAUUCUGGUGGAAAAGGUGACGCCAGAAGUGAGGUUUCAGCUGUGGAGAAGGACUUAAAAGCAGCAUGCUCAGGUUCACAGGCAGCAUGUGGUUCGGCUGUUCGAGUUGACUCAGUUUCGAAUGCUCUCUUGAAUAUGGAGGAACAAGUGGAAUCAGAUGGCAAUGACAGUGAUGCUGGAAGUGAGGCCUCCAGUGCUGUGGGUGGUGCCUCUUCGCAAGCGGCGGGUCCAGUGCGGCCUAAAAGUGGCAAAAAUAGACGUCCUAAGCGAAUUGAGGGAUCUGCAACAAGUAGAGGUGGCGGAUCAAAUCAGCGUGGUGGUGGCGGAUCAAGUCAGCGUGGCGGUGGGGGAUCAAAUCAGCGUGGUAGAGGAGGCCCCUCUUCAUUGGUUGGGGUGAGGUUUCCGGGACCUGGAGCCCCGGCGAACUUGAUGAUGCAACGACCACAGAUGUUUCGACACGAGAGACCUCCAUUCAUUGCACCACCAAUGCCUUCUCCAAUGAAUCCUCUGAUGGCUAACAUCAAUCGUCCUUUAUUGCCGAUGCAAGCUCCUAGUCAGAAUGGCCCAACGGGAGAUCACAUCCUAGAUAUCGAUAAAUUUAUCGUUUACAUCCGAGGAGAUCUGUUCGCCACUAGCCACAGCCUCGCCUACACUGUCUCAGAGGAGUUUGUGUUCGCUUACGGAGUAGCUAUUGACAUCUCAAGACGAUUCAGUCCCAUUCCAAAUCUGUGUCGUCAAUCGAAGAAAACAGGAGGUGAUCUCCACUGCUUCGCAGAUAGCAGAGUCCAGCCACAGAGAUAUAUUUACACUCUGAUUACGAAGCCGCAGGGAGGAAAGAAGUGUGACUUUCACUCUCUAGAAAGGAGUUUAAUGUUAAUGCGGGAUCAUGCGAAGCGGAACAAUGUGAAGACCAUCUGCAUACCGAGGACGCUUGCCUGUACUUCCAUGGAAGGACUCAACUGGGCAUCAGUCGAAGUCAUCCUCAAAAAUGUCUUCUCGUAUGGUGACAUCAACAUAUUCGUGUAUUCAUCUACAUGAAGCACUGACGCUCUCCAGCUGUUUAUCAAUGAGCAAAACGUUAAAAUUUAUUGAAACUUCAUUUUGUCUAUCGAUAAUGGUGACACAAGUUUGAGAGUAGUUUUUCAAGAUCAUUCGGUAGGGACAGAAUUGCUGAAUUUUCAAAGAAAACAUGAAAAAAAAACAGUUUGAAAAUUUUGAUCAUAAAAAACCUUGGCGUGAUCAUGGACGGUAUAUACUUAAGGCAUAUAUAAUGCUCUUAUUUAAUGUCUAAAUGUCUACCCUUAAGAAGCGAAAAAUUGUCUAUGUAAAUAUACACAAUAAUUGUUUAAUCAGAUGUUUUUUUAUGAUAUUCUUCGCUUGAAAGACGGCACGGUAGCGCACAUGAGUUAUCGUCUUUCCUCAAAAGUGAGAAGACCACCGAUGAGAUUUGUUUAGGAAAUUUUUCCAUGUUUUUUUUUCCAAAAUCGUCGAUAAUUCAAAAUAGAAAGAUUUGA